UGGUCGUCGCCUUCGUCCCUCGCGUCCCGUCUUGCGACCCGGGUCCCGCUGACACUGAGUCGCUUGCCGGAGUUUAGAGAUAGCAACGCUUUCAAGUUCUCGUAGACAUGGAAGGGGUGGAGGAGGCGGAGGCCGACUGCUCCGGAGCGUUCGCCGAAGCUCAGAGAUGGGUGGAGGCUGUAACAGAGAAGAAUUUUGAAACAACAGAUUUUCGAGCCUCUCUAGAAAAUGGUGUCCUGUUGUGUGAUUUGAUUAAUAAGCUUAAACCUGGCAUCAUUAAGAAGAUCAAUAGACUGUCCACACCAAUAGCAGGUUUGGAUAAUAUAAACGUUUUUUUGAAAGCUUGUGAACAGAUUGGAUUGAAAGAAGCCCAGCUUUUCCAUCCCGGGGAUCUACAGGAUUUAUCAAAUCGAGUCACUGUCAAGCAAGAAGAGACUGAUCGGAGAGUGAAAAAUGUUUUGAUAACAUUGUACUGGCUGGGAAGAAAAGCACAAAGCAAUCCCUACUAUAAUGGUCCCUAUCUUAAUUUGAAAGCAUUUGAAAAUCUCUUAGGACAAGCCUUGACUAAGGCACUCGAAGAUCCCAGCUGCCUGAAAAGAAGUGGCAGAGACAGUGGCUACGGAGAUAUCUGGAGUCCUCCAGGAAACCAUAAGAGAGAAGAUUCCUUUGAAAGUUUGGUCUCUGUCGGGGAUCGAUCACUGACAAGCUACUUCUCUGAUACCACCUUGAGAGGUGGCCGUGAAAGUUACGAAAGUGACACCGAUUCUGAAUUUACAUUCAAAAUGCAGGAUUAUAAUAAGGAUGAUAUGUCGUAUCGAAGGAUUUCGGCUAUUGAACCAAAGUCUGCUUUACCAUUCAACCGUUUCUUACCCAACAAAAAUAGACAAGCAUCCUAUAUGCCAGCACCCUUGAGGAAGAAAAAGCCGGAUAAAAAUGAAGAUAACAGAAGAAGUUGGGCAAGUCCGGUCUACACCGAAGCAGAUGGAACGUUUUCCAGUCACAAGAGAAGGACUUGGGGCACCAAUGUGGAGCACUGGUCAACAGCUCAAGAAUCUUCAAACUCCUCUUGUCGCUUGGAAGAGGAAGAAGAAGAGACAACAGGCAUACCCAACAUUGUAAAGGACGAUCUUUAUGUGCGAAAGCUAAGUCCAAUCAUGCCAAACCCAAGGAGUUCUUUUGAUCAGUUUCUUCCCAAAUGCUGGACCCCUGAAGAGAUGAGCUGGAAAAGAAUAAAAAGGGAAACUUAUAAACCAUGGUAUAAAGAAUUUCAGGGAUUCAGGAGCAAGUCCAUGAGCGAUGUCAGUGCAGAGGAUGUUCAAAACUUGCGUCAGCUACGUUAUGAGGAGAUGCAGAAAAUAAAAUCACAAUUAAAAGAACAAGAUCAGAAAUGGCAGGAUGACCUUGCAAAAUGGAAAGAUCGUAGGAAAAGUCAUACUUCGGAUCUGCAAAAGAAAAAAGAAGAAAGGGAGGAAAUUGAAAAGCAGGCACUUGAGAAGUCUGAAAGAAGCUCUAAGACGUUUAAGGAAAUGCUGCAGGACAGGGAAUCCCGAGACCAGCAGUCUACAAUUACACCAAGGAGGAGAAUAUAUUCUUUCGAUGAUGUACUGAAUGAAGAAAAGUUACCCCCUACACUGAAUAUGUCAGAAGCAACUUACCAGAGUGAGAGAGAAGGGAGGGGAACAACUUAUCCUUCAGAAAUUCCUAAAGAAGAGUCUACCUCCUUUGUAGAAAGAGAGGAUGAUGCAAUAGCUGAAGUUAAACUUCCUUCAAAAAGCCCUGCGGAUGAAGGACGCCCAGUUUCUUUGUCCUCUCAGCAUUCACUGAGUACACAAAUGGAGUUGACUCGAGUUUCAGCUUCUCUCCCCAGAAGUUACCAGAAAACUGAUACGGCCAGGUUGACAUCUGUGGUCACACCAAGACCUUUUGGCUCUCAGUCAAAGGGAAUCUCAUCACUCCCUAGAUCCUAUACGAUGGAUAAUUCUUGGAAGUAUAAUGGAGACAUUGAAGGCAGGAAGAGAACUCAGAACAAUUCAGUCAACACCUCUGUGCAAAAACCUGAAAUGAGCCAGCUGGCCUCAAGCUCGUCCAGGGAGAGGGAGACAGCAGCAAGAGAAGCUGAGAUGAGGUUGCCCUCUCCUGCACCCCCUUUCUCAUCUCUUUCCCAAGACCAGACUGACACCUCUCAAGCCACACCAUCUUCAACUUCUGGCCCCAGUUCACUGUUUGAGUCUAGAGAAGGGAGAAACUCACCACAAAGGGAAGUCUCAAGAUCACAGGAUCAGUUCAGCGAUAUGAGAAUAAGCAUAAACCAGACUCCUGGGAACAGUGUCGACUUUGGGUUUACAGUAAGAUGGAGUUCUUCUGGGAUCUUUAUAGCAUCAGUUGAAGCAGGUAGUCCAGCAGAAUUUUCUCAGCUACAAGUAGAUGAUGAAAUUAUUGCCAUUAACAACACCAAGUUUUCAUACAAGGACACAAAAGAGUGGGAGGAAGCCAUGGCUAAUGCCCAGCGCACUGGAAACCUUGUAAUGGAUAUCAGGCGCUAUGGGAAGUCUGACUGGGGCAAAGACCAACCUUCCCUGCCAUUUAUACAGCAUAAAACCCUCAAUCUCACCAGUAUGGCUACCAAAAUUAUAGGUGCACCUGAAACAAAGUGGAUCGAUGCAACCUCUGGGAUUUAUAGCUCAGACAAGUCUUCAACUCUAUCAGUUACUACUGAUUUCUCCGAAAGCCUCCAGAGUCCUAAUACUGAAUCCAAAGAAAUCAAUGGAAUUCAUGAUGAAAGCAACACUUUUGAAUCAAAAGCAUCUGAACCCAUUUCUUUGAAAAACUUAAAAAGGCGAUCACAAUUUUUUGAACAAGGAAGCUCUGAUUCUGCGGCUCCUGAUCUUCCAGUUCCAACCCUCAGUGCCCCAAGUCGCUGGGCAUGGGAUCAAGAGGAGGAGCGGAAACGGCAGGAAAGGUGGCAGAAAGAGCAGGACCGCCUACUGCAGGAAAAAUACCAACGUGAGCAGGAGAAACUGAAGGAAGAGUGGCAAAGGGCUAAACAGGAGGCUGAGAGAGAAAACUCCAAGUACUUGGAUGAGGAACUGAUGGUCCUAAACGCCAACAACAUCUCCCUGACCACACGGGAGCCCACGGCCCCUACCUGGGACGCCACUUGGGACCAAGGGUCCAAGUCUUCAGACAGGGAAGGAACUCGAGCAGGAGAGGAGGAGGGAAGACAACACCAGGAGGACACGAUUUCUGAACACCAAAGGCAGAGGCUGCAGGAACAGCUCCCUCUUGAGAGAGAGAGGAAACCGCAAGAGCAGCCGCAUCAGGAUGAGCAGGAGCAGCAGCAGCGCCAGGCCCAGGCUGAGGAGCAGAAGCGCCAGGCGGAGAGAGAGAGGGAGACUUCAGUCAGGAUAUACCAGUACAGGAGGCCUAUUGAGUCCUAUGAUAUACCAAAGAGAGAGGAAGAAUCUUCAGGUUUUCUUCCUGGUGACAGGAAUAAAUCUAAAUCUACCGAACUGGAUGAUUACUCUACAAAUAAAAAUGGAAGCAAUGCAUAUUUGGACCGAACUGGGAGCACUAGCUCCUUGCAGAGGAGUUCCAAGAAAGAACAGGUCCCAUCUGGAGCAGAGUUGGAGAGACAGCAAAUCCUUCAAGAAAUGAGGAAGAGAACAUCUCUUCACAAUGACAAUAGCUGGAUCCGACAGCGUAGUUCCAGUGUGAAUAAAGAGCCUAUCUGUCUGCCUGGGAUCAUGAGAAGAGGUGAAUCUUUAGAUAACUUGGACUCCCCAAGAGCCAGUUCUUGGAGACAGUCCCCUUGGGUCAAUCAGCCCACAGGAGUCCGUGCUUCUUCCUCUGUACAAGACUUCAGUCGCCCGCCACCGCAGCUGGUGUCUACUUCGAACAGAGCGUACAUGCGGAACCCCUCAUCCAGCGUGGCCCCUCCUUCUACUGGCCCUAUGAAGACCCCAGCCACAGGCUUAUCCUCCACAUGGUCCCCUGCCCCAAGCAGCCAGCCCACUGCAAUGUCACAGUCAGGCUCUCUGCCACGCAACAGGUCUGUCAGUGGGAAGCGCGUGUGCUCCUACUGUAAUAACAUUCUGGGCAAAGGAGCUGCAAUGAUCAUCGAGUCCCUGGGGCUUUGUUAUCACUUACAUUGUUUUAAGUGUGUGGCCUGUGAGUGUGACCUCGGAGGCUCUUCUUCAGGAGCCGAAGUCAGAAUCAGAAACCACCAACUGUACUGCAACGACUGCUAUCUCAGAUUCAAAUGUAAGAGAGCAAAUCAGAGAGAAAAUCUCUUGUCUUUUAAGGAGACCUCGGGUUCCCAUGCAUUUCCCUGAAACUGCAGCUGUCUCCCCCUCCAGCUCAUUGCCUUAGGAUUCUAGGUUUUAAGAAACUCACCCACCCCUUCAAGGAGGAUGUGUAGUGAAUGGGUCACUGCUCGGGGACUAGCCACACCAGGGUGGUUUGUGGGGUCAGGGAAUUGCAGAGGGUAUGCAGAAGCAGGACAGUGUCUUGCAGGUAGCUACAGAGUCUGGAGAAACCUGUACAGACUCAGACCACUAAUGACCGAAACAUGCAGUUAAAAGGAAUCUCCCUCAAGGUGAUCUGUUUCCUGACUAAGAAUCAGUCUGUCAGUGUUAGCUCAUCUCUGUUAUUAGUCGUUGGGAAAGUCAUGACGUUAUUUUUCUGUUUUUCUGUGCAAAAAUGUAUUAUGACUUUCCUGAUAACCUAAUAUUUAACAGGGUUUGAUUAUAUGGUAUGACCAACUUUAAAAUGUUUUUUUUUUUAAACCACAACUGUUUUAAAAGUAAUAUAAAACAAUCCACUUUAUGCUGUAUGUUAACAUAUAAUCAUACAUCAGUAUAGACAAUAUUUUUAAAAGGAGAGCAUUCAUUCUGAUUCUGUGACAUUUUGGUGUUAUUUUUGGAAAAAUUGAUUUUUUCUAAAACCUGACAUGCUACUUUGCGUGUAAGCAUGCAUUUUGUGAUAAAACGCAGGCUAGCAUAGGUAGGUUGGGUAUUCUUUAUAGCUCUAGCAAGACUCCAUCACUGCUGUUUAUGUUUUGAACCUUGAUGCUGGUAACAUGUGUUUCUUCCUUAUUGUGAAAGGGUAUUACAAGUGGUAUCAACAAAGCAUUUGCUUUUGAACUCUGAGGUAUUUACGUGGCCCCAUAUGUGAAGAGUGCUUUGAAAAUGGCUUAAACCCAGUCAACUCUCUUUUCUGUGCCGGUGGGUUCUGAGCCUUCUUGCCCCAGUGGUCCAGUCCUUCUCUGGACACCGAUGACACUGAGGUUGGAGGAGGUCAAGGCUGGGUGUGUACGGGGGGCAGUGUGUGUAUGUGUGUGCACUUUUCUCUCUUUAAUCAAAUUCCAAAGCCAAAUAGAGUUGAUUUUUGGAAUUAUCCUUGUCAAAAUUGCCCAUGCCUUUUCUCUCCUCCAAUACCAAUAAUAGAGAGUUGAGUGCAACUUACUUCUAUAUCAGCGGUUCAUUUCUCCAUUUUCAUAAGUAAUGAUUUUAGAGCCCAGAGGCUGUGAUUUGCUUAGCUUUGUCCUCCAAGUGAGUGACAGAUGACUCUUUCUACCUCACUGGGCCGCUCUCUGAGUGACGACUGCUAUGUGUCCCAGGUGGUGAUCCUCAUGUGUUUCUGAAUCUAAGCGCUUUUCUUUCUUCUCUCCUUGCCUGAUCAGCUGGACGGCCAACCGCCAUGUGACGUAAGCCUCCAUACGAGAGCGCUGUUGCAGAUAGAAGAAGAGGCGGUUGCUGCUGCUGUACAUCUAUAAAUAUGUGCUGUUUUGCUCCCUUUUAAAAAAUAAUAACUUUUUUUUUGCCUCUUUAGAUUUCCUAGGAACAUUGUAGUCUUGAUAGAAUCUAUAUUUUUGUUGUUUAUUUAUAAGAAGGUAAUUCUGUGUGUGGGGAAAAGUACAGUAUUGACUUUCUGAAUUCAGCAUCUUAAAAGCACAAAGGAAAAAUGAAAACAGAAAAAACUAUUUUUGACCUGAUAAUCAUCUAGUUUGGCUUUCCAAUGGCGUUUUGAAGAGGGUAUCUCAUUGUUUUUCUAGAAAGGAUUCUUAAACAUUAUUUGGAAUAGUUAGUCAUUGCCUUUGUUCUGUUUAUUGUAAUUAUAUACUAAAUUAAUGCAGAAGUAUAUAGAAAUUUCAUUAACAUCCAUCCCUGAAUUUGUUCUGUAUCCUUCUUUCCACCUAUGUAAUAUGGUUUAAAAAAAUUACCUUAUGUAACAUUUCAUUUGCUUGAUAAGGGGAGCUCUAUUUUCUUCAUCACCAAUGUUGCUAAGCAUUUCCCAAUAGAAAGUGCUUAUUUUCAUUAAUGAAAAAUAACCAUGGUUUGUAUACCGAAGUUUUCUCCAGACGCUCGUGAGCCUUUGUGUUCAAUUGCAUUUGUAAAUAAACUUGCUGAUGCAUUUAA